AUUGAUCCUAGUUUUGCUGCGUUAUUUUCUCAAAGUUUUUCAAAAUUCCAUAAUUUCACCUCCUCUCACAAUUGAAGCGAUCAUCUUCCUCAAAAAUGUCAGAUUCUUCCUCACCGCCGCCUCCGACGAACAACGCCGAUUCAGAAACAACCGUAUCAAACGAUUCAGAAUCCAACACGAAAUGUCAAACAGCGAUCCAAUCAUUAGCCACGAUUGUCACAACCACAGACAUCCCUUCCACAAUCUCUAACCUCCUCAACGACGAAGCCGUCUCCACCGCGAUCUCCUCUCUCCUCCAACGUCCAGACUCAGGCGCCGGAGACAACAACCUCUGCCGUUGGCUUUACGACACAUUCCAGUCCGCGGAGCCAUCGCUUCAGCUUCUCGUUCUCCGAUUCGUUCCUUUGAUCGCUGGUCUCUACCUUUCUCGUGUCCCUCUCCGUCAACCACAAGCCGGAUUCGAAGCCGUGUUACUCGCACUCUACGCUCACGAAACUACCUCACGCGCCGGUCAAGCGAUCACCGUCAACAUCCCCGAUCUAUCACAUCCCAGUAUCUACCACGAAUCAAAAGGUCUCACAAGGAACAACAACUCAACGUGCCUCAACAUUGCUGUGCUCUCCUCCACGUUAGAUCCGCACGGGACUGUUAGAUCCACGCGCCGAGCGAGGAUCGUCGGUGUCGCGUUGGAGCUUUACUAUAGCAAAAUCCCGAAGAUGCCACGCGAAUCCAAGCUCAAUUUCUGCGAGUCGUGUGAGAAAUGGGCGGGGCAAAACGGUGAAACAGAGCAACCUUCGCGGGCGGUGAUUCCGACGUUGAGCGAUGAUUCGUGGAGAGAAGAAGAGGAUGUUGCUAUCGGAGGAAGAUCUGAGAGAGAUAGCGGAAGGAUUCCCUUGCCAUGGGAGCUUCUGCAACCGAUUAUGAGGAUCUUGGGACAUUGUCUCUUCGGGCUCAAAGUGGAAGAUAGGGAAUUAUCGGAGGCGGCCAGUAAAGCUUGUCAAAGUUUGUAUCUCCGAUCGCUUCACGAUAUCAAUCCUAAGGCGAUUCUGGCUACCGGAAGUCUUCUCCGGCUAAGGGAGAUGGCUCUUGAUCCUAAAAACCAAAUCGAUCACACUGAGGUCUCAAACGACACCCUUCUCACUGUCUGACCACGUUUUUUUUGUCAACGCUUCUAAAAAACAGCUUUGAUUGAUUUUGUCAAACAAAACAAAAAUGCAAGGAGAUGCUACGUUUCUGUUGGCUAAUAUUUCUAUAAAAAAAAAAAAAAAGAAACAAUGAAUUUUUGUGUUUUACUACCAGAAGAGGUCAUUAUGAAGUUGAGGCCCUUGUUAUUAUUUGUUUGAUAUUAUUUGUUUGAUAAAACCAACAAAAAAAAAAAAAAAAAAAAAA